AAUAAAAAAUUAAAUAAAUUAAAAAAAUAUAUUUUAUUCCUAAACCGAGUUAAGUGACCUGUGUGAAACCAUGGUUGACCAUACGGUGACAAUUAUGACCCGCUCAUCCAACGAUGUGGCCAACUCAGCCACAACGGCCACAACGACUCCGCCCGUACGCAGCACCACUUCGGCAACAACGACCACGAUGACAACAUCUCCAUCAACCGCCUCCGCAUCACCUCGACAAAAUGACGAGGUUACUCGCGGUAUCUAUAACCUGAAGAUGGUGUUGUUCGCUUUGCUGUUGCCAUUGAUUUUGUUUGCCGUCUUUCUGAAACAUUUAUUGGAUUACCUGUUCGGCCUGGGCCUCAAGGAGAAAGAGGUUACGGGCAAGGUGGCAUUGGUCACAGGUGGUGGCAGCGGCUUGGGACGAGAAAUUGCACUGGAACUGGCGCGCAAAGGCUGCAAACUGGCCGUGGUCGAUGUUAACUCCAAAGGAUGCUAUGAAACCGUUGACAUGAUUGCAAAAAUUCCCCACAGUGUUGCCAAAGCUUAUAAGACUGAUGUCUCAUCGGCCCGCGAAUUGCAAUUGAUGGCCAUUAAAAUCGAAAAGGAAUUGGGACCGGUGGACAUUCUAGUUAACAAUGCCUCAUUGAUGCCAAUGACAUCGACACCGCAACUGAAGAGUGACGAAAUCGAAAAAAUCAUCACCGUUAAUUUGGGCUCUUACAUUAUGACUACCAAGGAAUUCUUACCGAAAAUGGUUCAACGUCAAUCUGGCCAUGUUGUUGCCGUAGCUGCAUUGUCUGGUCUGGUGCCUCUGCCGGGUGCUGGCAUUUACACGGCCACAAAAUAUGGCAUUAUGGGUUUUAUGGAAGCCUUAAGAUGUGAAUUACGUGAAUCGAAUUGUGAUUUUAUCCGGACCACAGUGGCCAAUACGUAUUUCAUGAAGACUAGCGGUGAUUUACAUCUACUCAGCGAUGCAGGCAUCUCGAGUAGUUAUCCUGGCUUACCCACAGCAUAUGUGGCCGAGAAAAUUGUCCGUGGCAUGCUGCUCAAUGAGCGUAUGGUGUACGUGCCGAAAAUAUUUGCAUUAAGUGUCUGGUUGCUCAGAUUGUUACCCACUAAAUGGCAGGAUUAUAUGCUGUUGCGUUUCUAUAAAUUCGAUGGACGCAGUAAACAUUUGUUCCUCUGGAAAUGAUGAAGUACUCCAAUCCAAGAGGGAAGAGUCAAAAUAAGGCAAAAUCUCUUCAAUAAAUUUUUAUGUGCCAAAUUUCAAACAACAAUUCCAUCAAUGGCCUUUGAAAAGGAGGGGAACACUAGAAACCGUACAAAUGUCCAAAGGGAUUUAUCGAACAUUUUUCCCCUUGCAUGUGUCUACUCAUUCCCCAUUAAUUUCGAAUUUUUUUCUGGUCGAACAUAUAUUAUUAAUAGAAAUUUAAUUUUUUUAUAUAUAAAAUAUAUUUUAUAUAAAAACACUGCUUUUAUGUAUGUAUGUACAAUUGAAAUAUAUGUAUGUAUAUAUAUUUUUUUAGUAUUUAUUGUAAGUAUGUAAUUUAUUAAAAUUAAGAUGUUUUAAAAAUAAAAUUAUUAACCACAA